AUGUCACUGGAACAGGAAGACUCGGAUGAUGACGAUCAAUUGGAGUCUUUACUCAAUAAUUCUGUCAACAGAAAAGUAUCUCAAGUCAUCACAAGGAAAAGCAUACCACAGCAGAGAGAUUUAUUCGGCAAAAGAGUCGGCAACCAAAGUACAUUCUAUGAGGAAGUGAAGACGUCAAUAACAUAUGGGCCUACCCAUCACAAUCUAGACUACGAGAAUUUAAAUUCAUACAUAUAUCCCACCAAUUAUGAAGUACGAGAUUACCAGUUUAGCAUUGUCCAUCAGGCUUUAUUUCAAAAUUUAGUUUGUGCGAUACCUACUGGUACCGGGAAAACGUUCAUUGCGAGUACGGUGAUGCUCAACUUUUAUCGGUGGACCAAAAAAGCUAAAAUCAUAUUCACUGCCCCUACCAGGCCGCUUGUUGCUCAGCAGAUUAAAGCUUGUCUUGGAGUCACCGGCAUUCCACAUGAGGAUACUGCGAUCCUAUUAGACAAAUCGCGUAAGAAUAGAGUAGAUAUAUGGGCGUCCAAGCGUGUGUUUUUUACUACUCCUCAGGUGGUUGAAAACGAUUUAAAAAGAGGAGUUUUGAAUCCGAAAGACAUUGUUUGUUUGGUCGUCGAUGAAGCUCAUCGCGCUCGUGGAUCAUAUUCCUAUGUUGAACUCACCAAAUUCAUUGACAGAUUUAACACAUCUUACAGAGUCUUGGCACUGACCGCUACGCCAGCUGCGGAUAUGGAAGGUGUUCAGGAAAUUGUUAAUAACCUCCAUAUUUCUACAAUCGAGAUUCGCACUGAGGAAGAUUUGGAUAUAAUGAAAUACAUGAAGCAUCGAGAAAUUGAAAAGGUUGAAGUGGGUUUCACGAUGGAAAUAGAGGAUAUCAUUGAACAGUUGGGAAUCGCUGUGACGCCUGUUUUGAAGGAAGCGGUUGAAUUGGGGAUUUACGAUGAUUGCUCGCCUGCGAAUAUUAAUGCAUUUGUCGCAUUACAGAAAAGUCAGAAAAUUGUUGCCAAUCCAGCUAUCGCAGAAGGAGUCAAGUGGAGGAACUUCUUCAUUCUUCAAUUAUUGUCUCAUGUUGGCCAUAUGUUAAAGAGAUUAAAGAUAUACGGUGUCCGCUCCUUUUACAGUUACUUUCAAAAUAGAUACAAAGAAUUUACAACCAAGUAUGGAAUGGGAAAGUCAACAAACAAAACAGCUGCUUCUUUUUACUAUCAUCCGAUCUUGAAAAAUACCAUAACUAGCUGUGAAGCACUAACCCAGAAUGCAGAUUUUUUGGGUCACGAAAAGCUGACACGUAUUCGAGAAGAGUUGUCUAGUUUUUUUGGCGAUGCACUACCUGAUUCGCGCGCCAUUAUAUUUACUGAUCUUCGUGAGUCAGCAUUAGAAAUUGUGAAGUGCAUAGAUCGAAUGAACGAUUCAUCACUUCGCCCUCAUAUCUUCAUUGGGCAGGCCAGAGGAAAGGAGGGAUUCGAUGACGAAGACUAUACGAGGAAGCAUAAACCUAAAGGACGUAAAAAGGUUGAUAGAUUAAGGAGGCUGGAGGAGGAGAAAGCAAGGGAGGUAGAAAAGAGUAAAGAAAAGCAGAAGCAGAAAUUACAAAGAAACGCAAGUAGAACAGGUAGCUCUGAAGAAGCUCAAUUAUCGGGGAUGAAUCAAAGCCAACAGAAAGAUGUCUUGAAUAAAUUCAAAAAUGGAGUAUACAAUGUUCUUGUAUGCACAUCUAUAGGUGAAGAAGGUUUGGAUAUUGGUGAAGUGGAUUUGAUUAUCUGUUACGAUGCAACUAGUAGUCCUAUAAAGAAUAUUCAACGUAUGGGAAGAACAGGAAGAAAACGGGAUGGUCGGGUAGUAUUGUUAUUGAGCUCAAAUGAACCUCAGAAAUUUAAUCAAGCAAUGGAAGGGUAUGGUGAGCUGCAACGGGCAAUAAGCCAAAACUUUUUAGAGUAUAAAGCGUCAGACAGAAUUAUCCCGGCUCAUAUCGAUCCAAAAUGUGAGAAAAAGUUCAUCAUUGUUGGCCAUGAAGGUGAUCAAGUUAAUUACAUGAAUGACACAGAUGAAGUGAUUAAAUAUGCCACACAGGCAAUGUUGGGAAAACUGAAACCUAAAUCAUCGUCCAGGCGAAAGAAUAAAAAGAAGGAUUCCAAGUGUACUAAGGAAAAAACAUUUUUUAUGCCGGAUGAUGUUGAAACAGGCAUAGUACCUGCAAUCAGCAUGGUUAACAAAUUCACAACCGAUCCUAACGGACUAAAAGUGUCUCUGAAGCCAAAGAAUGCCGACAAGGAGCUACGCUAUCCAAUCUUGGAUGCAAUUGCGGUUGAUUCGCUAGACUCAUCGCCGAUCAAAUCACAGGACGUCUCCUCUCAACGUGAUACUCACCUGCUAGACCUAAGCUCUAUGGUUUCACAGCACCUUAAAAGUGAAACUAUUGAUGAGAAACCCGCCAAUCUGGGAAAUGUACAGGAUAUUGACAGCAGCUCAUUGACGUCAGAUCAACCUGAUUUUAGUUCGAAACGCCACUUUGAUUCAGCUACCUCCUCGAUCUCACUUGACGACAAGCCAAGUGGUCUAAAAAAGCUCAAAGCAACACAAGCGCCAGUGCUCUUUUUUGAUGAGCAUCACUCAGAUUCGAGUAACCCCACAAAGCGUGGAUCUAGAUGCAACAAUCAAGCGACGAUCGAUAAAAUCUACAAGAACCAAUUUAAUACAACGGAUGGACUUUUAAAUGUGAAAGAAAAAAAGUAUUUUGAGGACAAUUAUUCGGCUCUUUGUCGCGUUUCUAUUGAACCUAUUCCUAAUUUCAAAGAAAACAUCAAGACGGCAGGUAUUGCGCAUUCUCGCAAAAGCUUCAAAAUCAUAAAACUGUUCGAGGGAUUGAACGAGAAUAAAAGGCAAACCAUCUCAAGUAUGAGCACGGUAAAGGCACUUGCAACUGCAGCAGCUGAACUUAAAAGUUUUUGUGAACCCAAAAACCACUUAGCAGUCGUAGCCCGAAAUGAUGAUAUCAGGUAUGUCAACCAUAAAAAAUUUCAGUGUCAAGAUGAAGUGAGGCUUAAUAUGUUACCUCCAUUUGUCAAGGAACAGGAGCUUUCUGAAUUAUUAGACUCAGAGUUCUCCGAUGGAUGA